AUGUCAAAUGCUAUAGUCCAAUACAUCUUAGUACGUACCGACUUAUUACGGGAUAUGGCAUGGUCAGUAGGCUCCGUUGUAGCACAAGCAUGUCAUGCAUCAACAGCUGCUUUGCAUCUUUAUAAAGAUGAUGAUUAUACUAAAAAAUACUUAUCAGAUUUAGACAACAUGCACAAAGUAGUAUUGGAAGUACCUAAUGGAGAAGCACUAAAUCAGAAAGCAGAAGAGCUCAGUGAGAAUUCAAUUGACCAUAAACUGUGGAUUGAACAUCCAGAAAACAUACCCACUUGCUUAGCUUUGAAACCAUAUCCCAAAGAAGAAGUAAAAAAAUAUGUUGGAAAACUAAAGUUAUACAGAACCACUGUAAUAUGCUAA